AUGUGUAACUUGCAGGCCUCUUUUCUCAUUCUGGUCCUGGAGCUCAAGAACAGGUUGGGCCUGUCCGGGGACGCUCUUCUGCAAGCCGUCCUUGAUUACAGCAAAGUAGUUUUGCGAGAGAAGUACAAGCGAUUCCGGGGGCUCUGUAACUUCCCUAUCGUCCUCGUCGGUGCAACUGCAAAUCGCCUGGAGAUUUCCCUCACUGUUUGCGUAGGACCGAUCUACGUGACCAAGUUGCUCACACUCGACCUUUCGUUAGGGUUUCAUGCCUCCGACAACAUCAUCCGCCUGGCCCGUGUCUUCAGUGUCUUGUCAUCCUGUCGGACAGAUCUCCAAAUUUACUACGACAAUGCCAGCAAAUUGGAGGCUCCCAGACUCUCUGGUCUGUAUCCCAGCCCAACGCUCGCCGAUCCUUCCAGAGUAUUGCCCCAACUUACCUACCAGCAAUUUCUGACCCGAGCUGGUCAACUCACCUCCGGUCUGGUGGACUUGGGGAACACGACCUCUGCCUUGUACAUUGCCACCCUCGGCGACACCGACCAGGAGGUUAUCGUCAAGUUCACAGCACGUUACAACAAGGUGGCGCAUUGCCUGCUUGCCGACGCUCUGCUUGCCCCAAAACUCCACUUUUGUGAGCGUGUUAUUGGCGAUCUGUUCAUGGUCAUUGUGGAUCGUGUGGAUGGCAAGUCCAUUUGGCAGCUUCAGCGGGACAACAUGCCAGUUCUCGCAGUCAUCUCGAAGAAGGUUGCGGAGGCAGUACGUAUCCUUCACGAAAACGAUAUUGUCUUUGGGGACUUGCGGGAACCCAACAUUCUCCAUGUUGCGUCCAAGGAUUAUGUGGUUCUCGUGGAUUUCGAUUGGUCCGGGAAGGAUGGAGACAGCAGAUAUCCGGCCACCCUCAACCCGGCGAACACCUGGGCAGAUGAGGCUUCGCCUUAUGGUAUUACGCGCAAAUCCCAUGAUUUAUGGCAACUGAAGCGGUUGGAAACCCUUUGUAACCCUGAUGCUUAG